AUGGCGGCGAUGCAGAAUUCCGGUGGUCAACUCCUAACACUAACUGAGGAAACUCGAAUUAAUCAUAACCGUUUCACAAAAAUCGAAUUUCCUAAGUUUGAAGGAGAUAAUGUGGAAGACUGGAUUUACAAGUGUGAGCAUUUCUACACAAUUGAUGCUACACCUGAAACAUCAAAAAUUAGGUAUGUUGCAAUACAUAUAACAGGGAGAGCACUGUCAUGGCACCAAGGCUACAUGAAAUCGAGCGGGAAAACUAUGGAAAACAUAACUUGGGAUGAAUAUUCAAGGUCAACCAUGGCAAGGUUUAGUACAACUCAUAUGGAGGAUGCAAUGGGAGCAUUGAAGGCUCUGGUUCAAGAAGGUGAAUUGGACGAAUAUUGUGAUCAAUUUGACAAGUUGUUAAACAAGGUAACUCUCUGUGAAGAAUAUUCUGUUAGUAUUUUUGUAGAAGGCCUUAAACCAGAAAUUAAAUGCUAUUUGAAGAUGUUUAAACCAAAAACAUUAAGAGAUGCAUACUCUUUGGCAAAAAUACAAGAUCAAGCAAAUAAGAUGUUAGGGAAGCAACAGGUGAAUAACUAUGCAUCUAGUAGUAGGAAUAUGAGUACUACACCUAGAUCCUCUAGUCUUAGCAAUGCUGGAAAACCUCCUAUAUUGGCCACACCAGUUAAUGCUAUCCCAUCCAUUGCUAUUGUACCAAAGAAGGUGAAUAAUAAGUUUUUUGAGGUGAAAAGAGCAAAAGGAGAAUGUUUUUGGUGCAAUGAAAAGUUUGUUCAAGGCCAUAACAAGGCGUGUAAGGGAAAAAAACAACUUUUUUUAGUAGAGGUUGAGGAGGAAUUGGAUGAGGAAUUAGAGGAAAUAAAUCUGUUGAAUACUGCAGUAAGAGUACAAGGAGAGCCCCAAAUUUCAUUAAAUGCCAUUAUGGGCAUCCCUUCAUACUCCACAAUGCAGAUUGUGGGUACAAUUGGAACAAGGAACUUGCAUAUUUUGGUGGAUGGAGGAUCUACUCAUAAUUUCAUGAGUAAAAUUUUGGCAGAGAAGGUGAAAUGCAUUUUACAAGAUAUUCCUAAUGUAAAUGUCACUAUGGCCAAUGGGAAUAGAAUGGAUUGUGUCAAGAUGUGCAAGGGUUUUCAGUGGAUUAUGCAGGGGAAUUGGUACACUGCUGAUAUGUUGGUAAUUGAGCUCAAUAACUAUGAUAUUGUUUUGGGGGUUCAGUGGUUGGAGACACUCAAUGACAUCAUAUGGAAUUUUAAGCACCUCACUAUGAAAUUUCAUGUGGGAGAUCAAGAGUUCCAAUUAAAAGGAGUGGCUAAACAUGGAGUUCAAUUGUGUUCCAUGGAAAAGAUGUCUUCUCUGUUACAUGAUUCCCAUAGUGUGGCUCAAGCACAAUUAUGUACUCUACAUGAUGCUACUAGUGAUCACCAAGUACAUAAGCCCACACUAACAGAAUUUACAAGUGAUGAUGAGCUGAAAGUUUUAUUGGAAAGAUAUGCAGAUGUAUUUGCCAUACCCAUUGGAUUACCACCACCUAGGAGUUGUGAUCACAAGAUUGUGUUAAAGGAUGAGAAAUUAAACCUUAAUUUGAAACCAUAUAGAUAUCCUAGAGCACAAAAGGAUGUGAUAGAGCAGAUGACACAAGAACUGCUUGAUUCUGGAGUUAUUAGGCAUAGCACAAGUUGCUUUGUUGCACCAGUGGUCUUAGUUAAGAAAAAAGAUGGCUCUUGGAGGAUGUGUAUCGACUAUAGGAAGCUGAUGAGAAUACCAUUAAAGAUGUGUACCCAAUUCCUUUGA